AUGAGGCUUCUUAAAGCCAAAACACUGGAAUUCGAAGACAUCUUACGCGAGGAUGAGACCCCAGUAUAUGCCAUACUGUCACAUACGUGGGGCAAAGAUGAGGUCACGUUUAAGGAUAUGCAGAAGCGAAGGGCUCAGGCGGAAGAGAAGCAAGGUUAUGGUAAGAUUACGCGCUGUGCAGAACAAGCCUUAAGAGAUGGAAUACAUUACUGCUGGGUCGACAGUUGCUGCAUCAACAAGAACAGCAGCGCUGAGCUCUCAGAAGCUAUCAACUCGAUGUUUCGGUGGUAUCGCAAUGCAAUUAUUUGUUACGCCUUCUUAUCGGAUGUGCCAGAGAGACCAGAAGAAGAUUCUUGGGCGCAGCAGGAUGCGUGGGGAGGAAGAUUCAAAGAUUCAAGAUGGUUCACGCGAGGGUGGACUCUGCAAGAGCUAAUCGCUCCUCGGAAUCUUACCUUCUUCUCUUCGAACUGGGCUCGAAUAGGAACGAAAGCAGACAUGUCGGGCCUCCUCGAAUCUUUGACUGGUGUCCCCGCGGAUGUUCUCUUAAGUGGCGAAACUAGUUCCUCAUCAAUCGCCCAACGGAUGAGUUGGGCUGCAAACCGAUCUACAUCACGGGUCGAAGACGUGGCUUAUUGCCUAAUGGGCAUAUUCGACGUUAACAUGGCAAUGCUGUACGGCGAGGGCGAGAAGGCAUUUCUGCGGCUUCAAGAGGAGAUCAUAAGGACCUCGGACGACAGAUCCAUCUUCGCCUGGUGCGAUCCCACCGCGCCUUUCUCCGCUUACAGAGGCGUAUUGGCGAAACAUCCCUCGAAUUUUGCGCAAUGCAAAGACGUCAUUUGGAGCCGAACGGCGCAUAAGCCCUACAACAUCACCAACAUGGGGAUCCACCUCGACUUGCAGUUG